CAAAGAGCCAAAAAAAAAUCUAUAUAUCCAACUUGAAGGGGGGUAAAACGAAACAUAUUAUAAAAACACAAUCCUUGUGCCUAAUUUCUUUGAAAUCAACGUACCCCCACCAUUUCAACAUUUCACUAUUUCCACUAUACACACACACAAUCACCAACAAUUCACAGAACCAACGGCAACCGACGGUUAUAGACAUGGUUGCAGUUAACAUAGCUAACGCCGUUGAAGCCUCCGGCGAAGCUCGUAACGCCGGUGACAUUACGGUUGCUCAUUCUUCUCUCACAGUCGAUCACUCGCUUAAACUGCCGGAGAUGAAACCUCGCAUCGUAGAGCUUUUUAAGGACCUGUUCAACCACUGGUCAAAUUUGGAUGAAUCGCACUUCACUGCUGCACAAUUGUCUGGUGGCAUUACAAACAGAUUGUUAAAGGUAUCUGUAGAGGAAGAAAAUGGGAAUACAGUGCUUGUAACAGUUAGAAUCUACGGUCCAAAUACCGAAUAUGUUAUCAAUCGCGAUAGGGAACUGCAGGCAAUCGUUCACCUCUCGACUGCAGGAUUUGGUCCCAAAUUGCUAGGAACAUUUGAAAAUGGGAUGGUGCAGUCGUUUAUACAUGCUCGCACUCUAAAUGCAUCAGAUAUGAGAAAGCCAAAGCUGGCAGCUGAAAUUGCAAAACAACUGAAAAGUUUCCAUCAGGUAGACAUUCCGGGAUCUAAGGAACCGCAGCUGUGGAAUGACAUCUUUAAAUUUUUUAAGAAAGCAUCCUAUCUUACAUAUGAUGAUCGUAAGAAGCAGAACAUGUACAAGAAAAUUUCAUUUAAAGAAGUUGAGACUGAACUUAUCAAGCUCAAGGAAUUGACAGGUCAACUUGAUGCUCCUGUGGUGUUUGCUCAUAAUGACUUGCUUUCUGGGAAUUUGAUGUUGAAUGAUGAUGAAGAAAAACUCUACUUCAUAGAUUUUGAAUAUGGAUCGUAUAGUUACCGAGGUUUCGACAUUGGAAAUCACUUCAAUGAGUAUGCCGGUCUUGAUUGUGACUACACCUUGUACCCGACAAAAAAUGAACAAUAUCAUUUCUUCAGGCAUUACUUGAACCCUGAAAAACCGAAUGAGGUAUCGGAUAUCGAUCUCGAAGCACUCUAUGUUGAGACUACCAGCUACAUGUUGGUUUCACACAUGUAUUGGGCUUUAUGGGCUUUGAUACAGGCGAAAAUGUCAGAAAUUGAUUUCGAUUAUCUCGAAUAUUUCUUCUUGAGAUACAACGAAUAUAAGAGGCGAAAGAAUGAGUGUUUCUCUCUAGCUAAGUCUUACCUAUCUCAAUCUAAGACCAUGUAGAACCAACUCUCAUUCCAACUUCAUUCAAAUUCAAAACAUUUUAAACCUUUUUUAGGAAGUAUAUUAAAUAAAUAAAAAAAGGUUUAAAAUUUUGAAGAUAGUUGUAAACUGGUUGUAAUCAUGAACUCUAUAUUUGAUCUCAGUGAUAUGUUGCUUGUAAUUGUGUAAUAUGGUGUGAAUCUAUACCAGGUUGAAUGAUAGAUCUAAAAUGGUUAAUAUUCUCUU